AUGAUAAGUAUCUCGAUAUCAGAAUUUAUGAUUGUAUGCAGCAGUAUCCUUCUUGUUUUUUUACUACUGACUGAAGUUCUCGAUUGGACUCAAUUAUUUCCUUUGGUGGAGAACGUAUGCAAUUUUCCCCCGUUCACAUUUGGUUAUACCGAUCGAAAUGGACCUCAUACAUGGAGAAUACUAUACCCUGAUAGCAAUGGCAUAAAUCAGUCGCCAAUCAACAUUACCACACGACUCGCCAUUGUGGUGCAACCUUCUAAACCUCUUCGAUGGAUUGGCUACAAGAAGAAACCGCUGCUGAUGACUGUAGCCAAUAAUGGAAAUAACGUGAUAGUAAAUUCAGUAUGGAGUAACUUGAGUCGGCCAUAUAUUCAAAGUGGAUGCUUGACCAAUAUUUACGACCUUUGCUCAAUGGUAUUUCAUUGGGGGCAGUCGAACGAGGAAGGCAGCGAACAUACUUUAGAUUAUAAUCGAUACCCUAUGGAGGUUCAAGUGUGGCACAUAAAACGAGACUUUAGUUCGCUAUCGGACGCAUUCGCUGCUAAACAGAACGAUGCUAUAGUGAUUGUGUCCUUCCUCCUUCAGAUCACAAACGUGGACAAUCCUUAUUUGGACCAUAUCGUGACAAAUCUAUGGCGUAUUAUUCAGCCAGGGGCAAAAGUACACAUUCCACCCUUUCCUCUAGUAUGGAUCUUUCCCACUUCGGACAAGAAUUAUUACACGUACAAUGGCUCCCUUACCCAACCACCUUGCAGUGAAAUAGUCACAUGGAUCGUGCAACCCGAACCAAUAGCUAUAUCUUCAUCCCAAGUUGCACAAUUUCGAAAAAUUUGUUCACCAACUGGUCCUAUUCUAUCGAACUGCAGACCUGUGCAAAAGGUAAACGAACGUAGCGUAUAUUUCUACGCGUAA